UCCCGCCCCGUCGCGCGCCGCUCGCGCCCCGCCCGCAGCGCGCGCGGCCGCGCCGCCAGCCGCCAAGAUGGCGUCGGCCCUGGAGCAGUUCGUGAACAGCGUUCGGCAGCUCUCGGCCCAAGGGCAAAUGACACAGCUUUGUGAACUGAUCAAUAAAAGCGGAGAACUGCUAGCAAAAAAUCUUUCCCAUCUGGAUACAGUGCUUGGUGCCCUGGAUGUGCAGGAACACUCGUUGGGCGUUCUUGCUGUCUUGUUUGUGAAGUUUUCUAUGCCCAGCAUCCCUGACUUCGAAACAUUAUUCUCACAGGUGCAGCUUUUUAUCAGCACUUGUAAUGGAGAACACAUUAGAUAUGCAACAGACACUUUUGCUGGCCUGUGCCACCAAUUAACAAAUGCCCUUGUGGAGAGAAAACAGCCCCUGCGAGGAAUUAGCAUUCUCAGACAAGCCAUAGACAAGAUGCAGAUGAACACAAACCAGCUGACCUCAAUACAUGCAGAUCUUUGCCAGCUCUGUUUGUUAGCAAAAUGCUUUAAACCUGCCCUCCCGUAUCUAGAUGUGGACAUGAUGGAUAUUUGUAAAGAGAAUGGGGCAUAUGAUGCGAAGCACUUUUUAUGCUACUACUACUAUGGUGGGAUGAUAUACACUGGGCUAAAGAACUUUGAAAGAGCACUCUACUUUUAUGAACAGGCAAUAACUACUCCAGCAAUGGCAGUCAGUCAUAUUAUGUUGGAAUCUUAUAAAAAGUAUAUCCUUGUUUCUUUGAUACUACUUGGCAAAGUUCAGCAGCUACCAAAAUACACUUCCCAGAUAGUUGGUAGAUUCAUUAAGCCCCUUAGCAAUGCUUACCAUGAAUUAGCGCAAGUUUAUUCAACCAAUAAACCCUCGGAGCUUCGAAAUCUGGUGAACAAACACAGUGAAACAUUCACAAGGGAUAACAAUAUGGGGCUGGUUAAGCAAUGCUUGUCGUCUCUCUACAAAAAGAAUAUUCAGAGGCUAACCAAGACAUUUUUAACAUUGUCAUUACAAGACAUGGCAAGUCGAGUGCAGUUGUCGGGGCCCCAAGAAGCAGAAAAAUAUGUCCUCCACAUGAUAGAAGACGGUGAAAUCUUUGCAAGUAUUAAUCAGAAAGAUGGUAUGGUCUGUUUCCAUGAUAAUCCUGAAAAAUACAACAAUCCAGCUAUGCUUCAUAACAUUGAUCAGGAGAUGCUGAAAUGUAUAGAGCUUGAUGAACGACUGAAAGCCAUGGAUCAAGAGAUCACUGUGAACCCUCAGUUUGUGCAGAAGAGUAUGGGCUCUCAAGAAGAUGACUCAGGGACCAAACCAUCCAGUUAUUCCUGAAAUUAGUGUUGCUCACCACUCCGCUUUCAAGUAAAAGAUUAUGAAAGAAUCACGCCUGGAGUAGGGCAUUGAGGAGUUCCACGAAGAGAGCAGAGAGAACUGAGCUUUGAUUUUUUUCACCUGGACAUUAAGAAAAUAAAAGAACACCCUCUCAGUACUGUAUAAUAUCAGAAAUAUUCUCUGCAAAGAAAAAGGAAAUCUCAAAAGAAACUUAAAAGUCUGUUGUGGAUUUAUUUAUCUUCAGAUUAACAUCGUUAAUGCAUUAAAUAAUCUACCUUUUGUUUUAAAGGGUUUGAAUGUUGCUGUGUUUCUGUAGCAGUCCUUUUUUUCUCUUCUGCAAAAAAAGAGGUGUUAUUCAGGGAAGAAUACAAACUAGUGUUGGUUCACUUCCAAGAUAAUUACUGGUUCGUUACGCUGUAUUUAAAGUUGUCUCAAAGUGCGGAUUUAUCGUAUGUAUGGUGGGAGAGAGGGCUGGAGUUCAAGUAAAUUCUCUACGUUAUGAUUUGCAUAUGCCCGGUGUAGCUGCCUGCUGUCUGUUAAAUGACGAAAUAAGAGCUGUGUUCUUGCCACAGGAUGAGCUUAUUAACAAGUCCUUUUGAGGAGGCUUUGAUGAAAAGCCGAAAUCGCUGUAAGGGAUCCGUACAUGAGAGCUCUUUAUGGUUUUACGUUUCUGGUACAAAAUAUCUCUCAAUAACAUUUACUCUUAGAUCAAAUUUACUAGUCUUCAACAAAGGGAUAUUUGGGAGGCCUCGGUCUGGAGGAUUCUGGAUGUGAAGUUGUUUGAGAUUUAAAUUGGCCUGAAGGUGUCAACAGGCUGUGGAGGAGAUCCGUUUAAGUGAAGGUGAUGCUAUAGAGCUUUGUUUCUAAAGAAAAUCGGUCAACAUGGGACAUAAACAGAAUUCCAUACAGCUCUCAAAAAUGCAGGAUUGUAUUUGGAGUAAACAUGCUGGAAUGCUGUCUAGUUCUUAGUUAACUAUUUUAAAGAUAAAAUCUAUGUUGUUGGAUUCUUUAAGUGUUCCACCCCUUAAAUCAACAGGCUCUUUAAUUUUCUGUAGCUCUCACGUGUCUACAGAUUCUCGCUGUUCAAACACCUUUGAAACACUUCAUGUCAGUGCCAAUCUCCUGCUAUUGGGCAUAAAUAAACCUGUCGACAAGUAAGAAUGCGAGAAGCUCAGCAUCCAGUGCUUCCUGCUUAAACACCUGACUAGGAGCUGCUUGCUAUUGCUAACCUGCCAGCUUUCUUUCAGGAGCCGAAGAGGGAGCUAAGCUCUUGUGGCUCUUGCCGUGUGAUUCUUGUGCAUUACCUGUGAUUGAAAACGCUCCGUUUGUGCUUCCAGCGCUGAUACAGAACUGCUGGGGUUUUCACUUAAAAUUGCUGUCUUAAUUCCAGCAGAGCCUCUGUGACAGUGGAAUGCUUGCUGCCAGCAGAGAUCUGUCCCCAGCUUGUUCUCUAGGUGGUGAAUGACGUUUUUAAGUCUGAAAUAGCAGUUUAGUGUCAAACACAGGAUAGAUGCAUAGUGUUAGUAGCUCACUGAGUCCUUGUGCUUCCUAUCACAGAGACUUCCGUGUUUGAAGGUGACUUUUACACCUGGUUUUAAAGCAGAAUCUUGGAGGUUUUUUCAUAACUUGCCUUACCAGCCUGGUUGUUAAAGAUAUUUAUGAUUUUUGAAGGUUUCUUCCUAGUUAAUCCUGCAGUGAUUUCAAUGCUGAACAUGCUUGUAUGCAAUUUUCCGCUCUGGUAAUGCGGAAGUGUUAAAUUAGAUGAGUGAUGCUGCAGGCUUGAACACAAAGCUGGGUUGUCGGAGUGAUGACAGCCGUGUGCAGCAGUCGGAAGGGACCAUGAAUGGCUGACCCUAGCCUGCCGCCAGUGCAGGCAUGGGAAUGGCUCCCCUUGUGUGGCUGAGCGCUCUCCUGUGGGGGAAGAAUGUAUGCAGGGUGCUUUUGUGUAGCUGGAGAACCAGAUAUGUCCACGGUGGCUGGGCUUUUACACUACCAGUUCCUGUCAGUGAGGAAGCUCCUAAGCGUGAGCUUGCCUGCUGAAAGUUUCAGGAUGGCUUUCCAGCUGUGGAAUUAAAAGGAAAGUAAUAUACGCAGCUGGAGAACAGCAGCUCUAUUUUCUUCUUUUUUUGCCUAAAGUAGAUAAAAUAAAUCCACUCUACACGUGAAAAGGAUGGUAGAAAUCCCCAUGUAACAGUUUCAAAUGACAUAUUGCACUUCUUUUCGUAAUCUGAUUCAGAGGGCAAAUGCUUUUACAGUUAGAGACCUGCCAAGGGUCUUUUUCUGACAUGCAUAGUUGGGCUGUUAAACUCCAGUUGCUGUUGGAAAUUCAAAGUCAGGUCCCACCUGUAGAAUCAGUACAUAAAGCAUUCACCAAAAGUGCUUCAAGGAAGGGCUUUUAAGUAACAGUUAUAAACACCUACAGUCUGGCAUCUGCACGUCUUGAUACUGUUGAAAUUAAGUCAGAUUUUUAAUGAAGUAGCUCCUUCAAGUCUUUGAACUAACUGCAUGGCCUGCGGUCAGCUGAGACGCUUUGACAACACUUGAGCUUUCUGGGUUUGUGUUUAUUGCAGGGAAGGACUUUUGAUUAAAUCUAAGAAUGCUGUGUGCUAUGCGCCUCCAAACUGGGACUCUUGGAGGUUCUGUGCUGGUUCUUCCCAUCGUGCAUGGCCACCAGAUGCGCUCGUGAAAUACUGAGUGCGUGCUUUAGAUACCUAACUCCGGUUUUCAUGCAUCUUAACUAGCAAAGAUAUGAAAAGCAGUUCUGAGGGUAGCACUAGACAUGCAACUGCACUUGGUAGCCACAGGAGGGGUCUCUAGUUCAGUCAUUAUUAGGUAUUAAAGUGUUUCAGUUGGAAGCUGUUGGUGUAUGACCUCCCCUCCUGUUUCUGUGCCCUUGAGGAGCCCCAGUCGGUGACCUCUGCUAACGCUGCUGCAGCACUGCCAUUGCGCCACAUGCUUCUGCGUAGCUCCAGCUGCCUCCUCCUACACAGCCUCCUUCUCUCUUCUAGAGGACAACCGCCACCCGGUCUAUGUGCUAUCACAGGCAAUCUGUAUAACGUAGGAAAUGUUUUCUGCAUGGCCACACUGGCCAAGGAGGUUAGUCCUGAGAAGUUGUUUAAAUGUACUAUUGGAAAAUAAAGAUAACAAACUAGUCCUUCCU